UUGGUUAAUUUGGUCACGUGCUAAUGUUGUUGAUUUUUACAGGUCACAUGUAGGUUAGAAAACAACUUUCUACAGAGAUUAAGACUAUGACAAUUAUUUGCUGCGGAUCGAUGCCAUGAGAGUUUGUACAUAAAAUCAACGGUUUCAUUUGAUCUGUAUUCGUCUUGAAGGCUUCCUCUGAACUUGGUGUGGUCGGUCAGCAUUUUGAGUUUGAAAGAUGGCGGAGAAAUCGGCCUCGUCCCAAAAUGCACAAGUCAAGAUUGGUCAUUACAUCUUGGGGGACACCUUAGGGAUUGGGACCUUUGGCAAAGUUAAAAUUGCCACACAUCAGUUGACCAACCACAAAGUAGCUGUGAAAAUUCUGAAUCGACAGAAGAUAAAGAGUCUGGAUGUUGUUGGGAAAAUCAAGAGAGAGAUCCAGAAUCUCAAGCUUUUUCGUCACCCACACAUCAUCAAAUUGUAUCAGGUGAUUAGCACCCCUACAGACAUCUUCAUGGUGAUGGAGUAUGUGGCAGGAGGCGAACUGUUUGAUUACAUCGUUAAACACGGCAAGCUGAAGGAGCCUGAAGCCAGGCGGUUCUUCCAACAGAUUAUUUCUGGAGUGGAUUACUGUCAUCGCCACAUGGUUGUGCACAGAGAUCUUAAACCAGAAAACCUUCUCCUUGAUAUCAAUCUUAAUGUUAAAAUUGCCGACUUUGGACUUUCCAACAUGAUGCAUGAUGGGGAAUUUCUACGAACUAGCUGUGGAUCGCCAAACUAUGCAGCCCCUGAGGUGAUUUCUGGAAAACUAUACGCUGGACCAGAAGUGGACAUCUGGAGCUGUGGAGUCAUUCUGUACGCCCUGCUGUGUGGGACGCUCCCCUUUGAUGAUGAACAUGUGCCAACUUUAUUCCGAAAAAUUAAAUCUGGGAUUUUUGCCGUCCCGGAUUACUUAAACAAGGAGGUAGUCAGUCUCCUGUGUUUAAUGUUGCAAGUUGAUCCCCUCAAACGGGCCAGCAUCACUCAGAUCAGGGAGCACGAUUGGUUCCAGAAGGAACUGCCAGGAUAUCUGUUUCCUUCACCUCAGGACCAGGAUGCAUCCAUCGUGGAAAUGGAUGUUAUACGAGAAAUAUGUGAGAAAUUUGGGGUAACUGAAUAUGAGGUACAACGGGCAUUACUCAGCAAUGAUCCUCAUGAUCAGUUAAACAUCGCCUAUCACCUGAUUGUGGACAAUCGGAGACUAGCUGGUGAAGGUGACCUUGGAGAGUCUGCCACUGGUACAUAUGUGGAGCUACAAGAGUUUUACCUGGCAUCCAGUCCUCCACCAGACUCCUUCCUACUGGCAAAGCAGUCGCAUAUACUGGGCACACCAACGCCCCAGGAACAUGCCACUAGUCCAAUGAGACCUCACCCAGAAAGAAUGCCAGAACUGAAGAAUACAACUCAUACCCUAGAGCCCUUGUCCAACGCCAAACAGCUGGGGGCCCUGUCAAAGAAGGCAAAGUGGCAUCUAGGUAUUAGAUCUCAAAGUAAACCACUUGAUAUUAUGCAUGAAGUAUUCCGAGCCAUGAAAACUCUAGACUAUGAAUGGAAGAUUGUGACUCCUUACCAUGUUCGUGUUAGAAGAAAGAAUCCUGUGACUGGACGAUAUUCCAAGAUGAGCCUACAGCUGUAUCAGGUGGACCAGAAGAGCUACCUGUUAGACUUUAAAUCUCUGUCUAACGUUGAUAUCCAUGAGUCCAUGUCCUCCUCCUCGUCUGUUGAGUCGGCUCGAAUGCCUCAUUCCCCUCCCUCAUCCUGCUCUGAUCUCGAUCCUGCCUCUGACACCGUGUUGUUAAUGCCUGAUCCAUCAGCAUCGGAAGCACAAGUUAUCAGUAACCAUGAGUCUUCGACCAGUGAGAGUUUAGCUAGUAUUCUAGAUGAGAAGAUGGACAUCGACGAUGAACAACCCAGACAACAUCAAACUUUGGAAUUCUUUGAAAUGUGUGCAAGCCUGAUCACCACUUUGGCCCGAUAGAGGACAACGGGGUCAUUUAGAGGUCAUCUUACCACUCUGGCCCAUUAGAAAACUGCAUCACUUACGGGUUUCAACGAACUCAGCAGUCCUACACCAAAGUUUUAAGGAUUUAUAUAUAAUUUCAUUCUACAUGUAAAAUUGUAAUACUUUUGAACUGAACCAUCCAUAAUUUUUUUUUUUUAACACUGUUUAAGUCUUGUAGCGAUAUCAUUAGAAGAGUCAAUGAGAUUCUGUGCAAUAUGUGAUGAAUGGAACAUACCAAACUUUGUCAGGCAUGGCAUUUGUUAUCGUCAGUGAAUGGUGAUUUAGAUUUUAUAUUUAAGAAAUUUUUGCUGCAUGUGUUAUGAUCAUUGUCCAGUGAUUGUCAUGGAAACAAGUUGUCUGUGAUAAAACUGUAUGUGUUGUGUGUGUGGGAAAGUUUCCUGUGAUGCUGAUCAGACUUACCUGGUCCAUAGCAAACAUGUAUUGCUGUAUGUCACUUUUAUUUUGUGAGACGUUAAAGCAAUACAAGCUGUAACUGAUGGUAUUUUUCAACUGCAUGUAUAUACAAUUAUGCACCAUUUGACACCCAUCGGUUUAACUUAUAAAAUUUCUAAGAUCUGAAGAAAAAUUCAACAAAAUAAACAAGGAAAUAUUGUUUGAGACCAUACCUACAACAAGUGUUGCAUAUAAACCGCCAUUGUGUCGUAUACACUAGACAUGGGAAAGAUGAUUGCCAAACAUUGAAUGAAUUACUUAUCAUCAGUAUUAUAAGUGUAAGAAAGUAAUUAAAUUACACAAAUGUGCCACUCAAAUGAAAUUUUAUGAAUGAAUUUGUUAUAAAUUUGGCAUAUUAAAUUGUUUACAAAUCUGACACUUGCGCAGUGCCUCUCUUUCACACUUUUCUGAACUGGUGACCUUCAAUUUGAGGUCAAUGCACAUCGAUGAUUACAAGCAGGAAUUACUGACAGGAUGACAAUGAAUCAAUAUUUUCUGCCAAUUUAAAGGGUUUAUUGCCUCAGAUUCACUCUGAUUCUAUGAAAUUAUAUGUAUUCAAUUACAAAUAUGAUAUUAUAUUUGUUCUUUUAUUUUUCAGUUUUAUUUACCAUCUGUUACCGCAUGUAUUACUUUAAUUUUGCUCGGAUACAAUGAUGUAUUUAUUCACAAGACACAACUUUCGUGAAUCGUUAGUUAUUGCUGAAGUUUUCUAUAUUGAAGAGUUUAUUAGCAAGAACUUUAUUUUCGUGAAUGAUUAGUCUCAUGAAAUUACGCAUUUAAAUGAUGUUCUUGUGGAUAAAAUGCGAUUCACAGUAUUUAAAUCUGAAUGUAUUGGAUCAGGUUUACCUGAUGAUUAACAAGGUUUUUUCAAUGCAUCGUUUAAUUACAAACUAAUUAAUUCAUACUCUUUCAUAUUUUGUUUCCUCAAGAACACUUUACGUCUGGUAUAAUGAUCAAGACUGACCCUGAUUUGGAUGAUAGUGUGCUUACUUAUUGGAAAUGGCAAUUAGAUAAAUUUGUUGUAUAUUGGCGAGAGAAAAGAUUAGUUCUCAUUUAUACGUGUGCUAGCAUAUAUGUAAUUAUCUGUUUUGUAGUAUUUAAGGAAAUUUUAAGAACUUAGAGAAAAUAACAAUGAUUGUCAUAUACUCUAUUCCUACUGCUUGUUUAAUACUUCUCUACCUUCCUUUCAUUUCUGCACAAAAGAUUUAUUUUAUGACUGUAAAAUGGACUUAUGUACUCUGUAACUGUAACCAAGGUUACGAAAUCACUUAAAUCAUGUAAAAUUAGACUAUAGAUAUGUAUAUUAAUUAUGUAUUUGCUUGACACCAUGUUCAGUUUAGUGGAGGUGACAAACAAUCGAUUAUACGUACACCGUGUUUCGGAUCCUUGUUCCCUGCAGUAGACACCAGGGAGGAGUUUGUGUGAGUCGUGUUUCUCUGGCAGCUGAAUUCCACCUCGGUUAUCUGAGUCUGGGCCUGCCCGCCGGCAGCUAGGUUUUGUAAAUACAACUUUGAUGAUAGAAUUGCGAGAAAGGGCACUUGCUAAGGAUCAGCUGAUUAAUACUGACAUUUUGUACCUUCUUGACAGAAAAGUUCUCAUUCCAGUCACGUGAAAUGUUGAAUUUGAUUAGGAUGUUUUCGAUGUUCCUACUAAGUUUUAUGAUAAAUUGAUUUCUUUUCAAAUUGUGAUGUAUGGCUCCAGUAAAACAUCAGUAAUUGACAGGUACCGGAUCCGUCUGUGACUGUUCAGUAUCAGUAAAUUAUCACAGCUUUAAUCGUUAGAAUUAAUUUCAAUCUGUAAGUGCUUGUGCUUGCUAGCUUUAUUCAACACACCCACAUAAUUGUUUAUGACUUGUUUUGUAUGCUCCAAGAAUUUGAACAUUGACUUUUUGAAAAUGUAAUUGCCUUUUUUUUAUGUGCCAAUCUAAUUAAAAUUUGGUCUUGAGAUCUGCUCAAAGUAUUCCUUUUGUGUAGCAAAAGAUCAGAUUUUGAUUUGAUGUCGAUUGAGGUUGGCUACUGGGGGUGAUCUGUUAUCAAACUAUUUUCUGUUUAUUGUCACACCCCCUUGAUUGUAGUAACGGAGGCUAAUCAUGAUGUCUAGACUCUGUUCUGUGUAGACUGGCUAUUCUGUGCACAUGAUUGGUCUCUUGUUUUAAAUAGGGCUGGGGUUUUUGUUAUCUGUUGUAAAUUUCAAUACGUUGGUUCAAUUGUACAUUAUAUUUAGAAUAAAGGUUCUCUUAAAAAUAA